CACCCCAUUUUGUAUUUUCCAGAUGAUCAAUGGAUGCCAAAAAGUCAAAACCAUCUGGAAAAUGGGCACUUAUUGACCCUUCAACCACAGAUUUGGCCAUGAGGAUGUCCUCGCAGGAGUCGGUGACCACCCAGCUGUCCACGUCCACCAUCCCCCACGAGGAAUCUGUGCUGGAGCUCUACUUCUACCUCCUCAGUCAGACAAACUUCGACAAGGCCAAGGACCUCGUGGAUACUGAGAAAGAUGGUCACAAGUUCAGCGUGGUGCCCACCUGGGGUGAGAUUCUCCAGUGUCUGUCUCAGCUGGCGACUGCUGAACGCAACUACGCCAAUCUUGUCUUUCUGGGACAGAAAAGGUUCACACAUAUUGUACGCACGAAAGAUAGUGCCAAGUCCAUCUACGCCAUGUUGUUGCAAGAGUUCCAGCGAAUGGAGAAUAUGUUGACCCCUCUGGGUCGAAGUUCAUCCCACUCGUCCGAUGCCUCAGGGGGGAUGAUGACCCAGCAGGAAAUGGAGCAGCUCUUGGCUCACAUCAGUGGACAGCUCUACUUCUUCAUCUUUGCCAGGAUCAAAAUGAUUGACUUUUAUGAACAGCUGAUGAGCCUGGGGACGACUCGUCACUGGGUCAACUUUGAGGACUUGUUCAUGAUGUGUGAGGAGAUCCUCAAGGAGCACAUCAAAGGCUUCCAUCACCCGCUGCUGGUUCCGGUCAAGACCAUGUUUGGGUCAAGACCACUUUUGGCCGCACCUCCAGUAAGUCCUGCCCCUACCCUCCCUUGCUCAACUGGAUGCUCAAGUUCAAGGGCAUUCUCCUGUCAAAGUUUGGUCUGUAUUUCCAUGACAUCUUGUUCAGGCAGACGGUACCCCCUGAGCUCAAGAUGAACCAGAGUCGAACACCGGAAGACUUUGUCGGCAGGAUCCAGACAUUUCAGCGUAAGUUUGAUGCCAACAUCUACCUGAUCCUCGACACGCACGGCCUGGGCCCACGGGCGGGGGAGGGAGGGUACCACCACCCUGACAAGUACGCCCCUCCCCCUCAAGGACUGGACACCUACCCACCCAUCUUCUCUUGUCCUCUGGAGCGGGCAGUCAAUAGCACCCACUGGCCCAACAUCUGCAUGAUGAUCACAUCCAGCCCAGAGGCUGGGGGAGACAAGCCAAAGUUUUUCUACGACAGGGCCACGGAGAAAAGACCUCACAGUUCCUACUUCAUCAUGCGUGUGGACACGAGGGUGUCGAUGGUGGUGGUGUUUGAGACAAAGAAAAGCGAGAAGGACUCGGGCAUCAACGGCUUCAUGACGGAGAUGGCCGCACAGCUCAGGUGUCAGACCAUCAUGGCGGCCCUCAAGUCUUUUGCCAAGUCCUGAUAGAUGGCUUUUGGUGAUAGUUUGUGGAAUGGGGUAGUGAGGAGUGUGUGUGUGUGUGUGUGUGUGUAUGUGUAAGUAUUUGUGUGAAUGUAAGUGUAUUUGUGAGUGUGUCUGUGUGUGUAUGUAACUAUAAUGUAAUUGUGGAUGAGAGAGAGACAGAGAGAGAGACAGAGAGAGAGUAGAAAAAGAGUAGACUUUCUUGCUCUUUUAUAAAGAGUUACAUAAGUACAGGCAAACUGAGUAUGAUAGAAGUAAAUGUAAGAAUGAAAGAGAGAGAGAGGGGGUGGGGGAGAGGCGAAGGUAGAGAGAGACAGAGAGAAAGAGAGAGAAACAUUUUACUAGUGCAAUAUAGUUUAUGCAUUUGUGUGUGUGUGUGUAUGUGAGCUUACUCUGCGUUUGUGUACAUGCUGAAAGAUAAACAAAAAUGUGGAUGUAUAAAUAUUUCCUUAUGCUUCUGUGUCUGCACAUACCUCUCAAUCACUUGGAGAAAAUUUGAAAUUAUUUUGUUAUGACUGAUAAAAACUUUCAAGGGAAGAUAUAAUAAUAGUGAUAGAAAUAAUAAUAAAGAUUAUAAUAAUAAUAAAUUGCAUUCGUAUAGCGCAUACUGCCGCUCGACAGCAAGUGCUAUGCUCUUUACACUAUAUAUUGGAGAUAGUAUAAGGUACCACUCACCUCGCGCUAUAGGCCUACUGAAGCUACAGAAUAUUAAGGCUCCUUGUCUUGGUUAAAAUCAACUUGUUAUGUUGGAAGGAGACACUUUCAGAAAAACUGUUGAAAUUGUUCUAGAUGGCCACUCAUUGUCUAGGAGAAAAGCGUUUGUCUUAGACGGGAACAUUGUGCACAGAGUCAUGGGAGGGAAGUGGGAAGUGAUCAUUUGUACAUGUUGUUGUCUUGGACAGGGGGUCAUUGUAUCAGGUUUGACUGUAAUUCCUUUUUCCUUGAUUUAAUGUAAAGGUGAUUAGUAAAUGCUCAGGUGUAUUUCUAUCAGUUCAGCGUUGGUGUACAGUUAAGGUCUGAUUGCAUGUACGGGCAUCUGUGGUAUAUCAGUGAAGUGCUUUGUCAUUGUUUGCUGUAGAUGUAAGUCCGGUUCCUAUGUGGGGAGGUUUUUUAAUGGAGUAUCUCCAUCAGUCAGUUGGGACCUUGUGUCCAUUUUAGCUUAAGCUGGUCUUCUAAAAAGGUAGGGUAAAAAAGUCCACUGUUCUCUAAAUGAUCAAUAUGUUGAUUGGGGCGUAAAACAAUGACAAUUACAUUAUAGUUUCCAUGUAAAUAUUUCUU